GACAAAAUCCCAGAAUCACUGAGCAUCCAACGGAUGAGUAUGUUGCCAAAAACGAGCCAGCGACCUUGAAGUGUAACGCGGAGGGAGACCCUUCACCUCAAAUCAAAUGGUAUCGCAAUGGCCAGCCUGUGAUGACGUCAAAGGAAGACCCGAACUCUCAUCGCAUGUUGCUCCCCAAUGGUGGUUUAUUCUUCCUGACAAUUAUUCACAGUAAAAGCAAUAAACCGGAUGUUGGGACGUAUUAUUGUAGCGCAACUAACAUACAUGGAACGGUUUACAGUAACAACGCUACACUGGAAAUAGCUGUGAUCCGGGAUGAUUUCCGAGUGAACCCAAAGAACACAAAGGUUGCAGUCGGGGAUCGUGCCGCCCUAGAAUGCAAGGCCCCAAGAGGUCAACCCGAGCCCAGGAUAUCAUGGAGGCGGGACACGCAAGAUCUCGUAGGGGACAAUCACAUAACGAUACAACCUGACGGUAACCUGGUCCUAAGAGACGCACAGAAAGAUCACUCAGGAACGUAUAUUUGUGUCGCAACCAAUAUUGCCGGAGAGAAAGAAAGCACACCAGCAAUAUUAUCUGUGCAAGAGCGUCCUACAUUCAUCCGGCCGCCACAAGAUACCUUAGUGAAGGAAAUGGACGAUGUUGAGUUUCGAUGUCGCGUUUCUGGAGAUCCAAGGCCAACGAUUAUCUGGAAACGGGAAGAUGGACAAAUACCUUCUGGGAGAGCUCGUAUUCAGGAAGACAAGAGUUUGAAAAUUGAAAGAGUCCGUGUAUCGGAUGAAGGUGUCUAUAUAUGUCGGGCAGAGAGUGAGGUUGGGUCAGUAGAAGCUGCAGGGAGAUUAACUGUUCACUCUAAACCUUCAUUUGUGAUGACACCACGUGAUGUAGAAGUCGGCAAAGGUCGUACCGUUAGCCUACAAUGCGAAGUCACUGGGAACCCCAUUCCUACAGUCUAUUGGCACAAGCGACAUAGUCAGGUAUUGAUGUUCCCGAGGCAAGACUAUGGGAGAUUUUACGUUGACAAAGAUGGAACACUGCGUAUAACACAGGCUCGCGAAGAAGAUGCAGGAAUCUAUGUGUGCCAAGCCCUGAAUGUAGCAGGAAGUGCCGUCGCUAAUGCAAAUGUUGUCGUGAAAGAUGUCGACCCUAGACCUCCCCCGAUCAUCCAUGUAGGGCCGCAGAAUCAGACCCUCGCCUUAAAGACUGAGGCGCUGCUCCCCUGCCAGGCCUCUGGGGAGCCUACCCCCACUAUUAAAUGGUUCAAAAAUAAAGUACCCAUACAGAGUCAUAAUCGCAUCACUUUGCUACCCUCAGGAACAUUACAGAUCUCUGAUUUGCAUCAGUCUGAUUCCGGGCUAUACACCUGCAAAGCUAUAAGCGAGACAGGCCAAACUAAAUGGACAGCUUCACUGAAGGUGGAAGCGUCCACCAAUACUAACAUUGUGUUUCACCGUACACCAGAACCAUCCACAUUCCCAGGCCGACCUUCAAAGCCAAGAGUCAGUGACGUCACAGAGAGAUCCGUGAAGUUGGCAUGGACUAGGAAUACUAAUACAGGGGCGUCAAAGAUUUUUGCGUAUACCGUGGAGUAUUUUAGCCAUGAGACUGAAGAGGGCUGGACCAUCGCCUCUGACACCAUACAGGGAGAGACGUACACUGUGCGUCAUUUACGCCCUGAUACAGCUUACUUAUUCCUGGUUAGGGCACAAAACACUCAUGGACUUAGUAUUCCCAGCCCAGUCUCAGACUCUGUUCGUACUAAAGGAGGAGAUGCCAACCGGCCAUUGUCUCCACAUUUUGACCGAAAUGUUGUGGCGGAUAAACUUAAGGGAGAUGUUGUCGCUAUGAGAGGUCUUGAGGUCCUAACUUCAACAGCAAUAAAAGUUAGCUUUACCGUACUGAAGUCUCAGCGUUUCAUCGAAGGUUUCCAUAUACGUUAUCGUGAACUCCCGGAUGAGUUAGAUCACUCCCGCCACCUUAAUCACCGACAUUCUGAUUACUACAUCGAGACUGUUACAAGCUCAAAAUCUACAAUGUACGUUCUGCGGAAACUGAAAAAAUACACAUUGUACGAGGUUCGUGUUCAGCCGUUUUAUUUGACAGUAGAGGGACAGCUGAGUGACGCGAGAAGCGCAAGGACAUACCAGGAUGUUCCCGAUGGUCCGCCACGCAACAUUGAUGCUCAUUUGGAUAAUAACGCAACGUUGCAUGUGUCGUGGGAUCCGCCAGAUGAUAGCAUGAUAAAUGGCAUACUGAAAGGAUACAAGAUCAUUGUUGUCGGAAAUGCCACAAAAUUUGACAAGAAUAAGACGGUUGAUGCCAGUUCUAAGAGCACGACCAUUCAGGGUUUAACCAUUGGGAUUCGCUACAGGGUACAAAUUGCUGCGUAUACCAUAGGUGUGGGUGUUAGGAGUGACCCAAUUAUCAUAGGUGGAGCUGAAUCUCUGACAUCACAAAGUCUCGUACGCCAGCCAUGGUUUAUCGUCACACUCAUUGGUACAAUAGGUGGUGCUUUAUGGAUUGCGCUUUGCAUUUUCGGAAUCUGGCUCUAUAGAAAACGCAAGUCUCGUAAGAAGUUCAAAGGAGGUGUCAUUAGUGUCCCAGUGCACAAAGCAGAGGAUAACAGGGCUAACAAAUACUUGGAGGAUUUAAAGAAACCCAGAACAAAUGGUGCCCCACCAGAUUUGACGAGUCGUCUUCCCAGUUACAGCAACGAUCCUAAUAUGUAUAACGGGAGUAACUCGAGCACUCCCCAGAUGAAAGCAUUCUAUAACAAGGAUGCUGUAGGGCCUUACGCGACGACCAUGUUAGUGCAGAAUAAUAUGUUUAAUCAACAGCCACCGAGCUCACCCAGUGCAUUCCGGCCUAUAAAACCCAGCUACAUCGUAAACAAUCCCGACCGCAGCACCUCCAGUGACAGUUGCCUCAAACCCGAGUUCAGUAGCGACUCUAAUGUCGACAACAGGUCCAAUAAUGAAAUGAUGGGUCAGGAGGCUGGGGACCCAUUAUUGGGAAGCCCUGUUAGCGACAGUGGCAGUCUAACAUGUGAUGAAUCAGGACUUCCCGCUAUACGCCGCACUAAAAAAGGAUAUAGAAAUGUGCCGCAGGAUAUGCCAAAACUUGAGGAUCUUCUCCCACCUCCCCCAGAGCACCCACCCCCCACAGAUGUGGACUCACCCACAGAAUCCCCAAUGCAAACCCUCAAUAGUCGACCCCCUAAGGAUCCUGGGAGUCACACAGGAAGUUAUAACCCUAGGGGGCUCCCUAUACGAAGCCCAAUGACUCUUAGCUCUAAGGGCUCUGUAAGCUCAUUAAAGACUCCAUUUAGCGACAGGCUACCAACGCCCCCUAGGUCGCUAAUGUCAGACUCUGAUCACUAUAAUAGUACUAAUCAACGGGGCUCCCCAAGGGGCCAACAAGCACAACAAGCGGGGUACCCCCCAGCUAAUCAUAGACACUUACAAAAUAUGCCAUAUGAUCAUAGUAGCAUGCCAAGGACAUACAACGAUAAUGAUCGGUACGCGGGGUACCCUAACCCCCAGAGAGUGUCUCUGAGUGAGAAUGAACGGGGGCCAACUCCCCCUGCCCGACCCUACAACAUAAGGGGACAGGGAAAUGACAAUAUGAGGCCCGACUCAGAUCGUGGCCCCACCCCUCCCACACGCAUGUACAUAUCAGGGGCAGCCCCCUCUAAUAACUUUGCACAGCAUAAUGGUGAUUAUCCAAUGAUGCAGCAUAAUUAUCAAAAUAAUGGGGAUUAUCCCCAACAAGUGCAGCAUAAUGGGGAUUACCCUCAUCCGCAAGGAAUUCCGCAUAAUGGGGAAUACCCCCAAGGAAUACCACAUAAUGGGGAAUACCCCCAAGGAAUACCACAUAAUGGGGAAUACCC